GAGAACCAAAUGGUCAAGCUUUGGAUCGCCGAUUCGUUCAUCUGAAACCGGGUCUGGAUCCGAUGACCCGGUUGCAUCUUUGAUCCAUGUGUUCCCUACCAUGGAUCCUGAGUUUGUCAGAGAGGUUAUGAGCAACAAGAAUUACGUGUUUGAAGAGGCAAAAGAGAGUUUAAGCUCAAUUUUGUUCAAUGGGGAUUCUGAUAGAACAGAAGCUGGCUUUUUUGAUGGAUCUGUGGAAAGUUGGAACGAUGAGGAUAUGAUCGAUGGAGCUAAAUGGGUUGAUAGACUUGUAUCCGAGAUGACAAAAGCGAUAAACAUUGAUGACAUGAGGCGACGUGUUGCAGUGAUCUUAGAAGCUUUAGAGAGUAUCAUAAAGAAGAACACCAACGCCUCGAAGAAGCUUGAAUAUGCGUCGAUGAAGGAGAGUCUACAGAGUUUGAUCAAUGAUAACCAAAUAUUGAAGCGGGUCAUUGCGAAUCAACAUCAGCGUAGCUCUGAAAACGAAGAGAAGGCCAAACAAGUACUGCAUUUGAGAGGCGUGGUGGGGCAGUACCAAGAACAAGUUCAUAAGCUAGAGCUUAGCAACUACGCCAUGAAACUCCAUCUUCAAAGGUCACAACAACAACAGACUUCUUUCUCAGGGAAUUUGCCUCCAGACAUCUACUAAAACUAUAUGAUUGUUUACUACAUAGUCAUUUAUAGUCAUUAGGACCUUAAGAAGUAUUAUUAGUCAACUGAAUUUCAAGUCAUGCAAAUUUUAAUACUAAAGACUUUACUUGUAUGGUUUGUUUGCAAAUUGUUUUAGGGCAAUUCUCAUUAAUAAAACAAAAAUAAUUUCUG